AUGACUGACAAGAAGCGCGUGCUGAUUCCUGGUGGUGCCGGCUACAUCGGCAGCCAUGUGGCCUUGACGGUGCUGAACACGCGAAAGUUCCGCGUUACGGUGCUGGACAACUUCCACAACUCGAAGCCCGAGGCGAUCCGUCGCAUUGAGCGCCUUGCGCGCGAGGCGCUCCCGGCCGACGCGAGCGAGGAGGACCGCCGCGACUGCGAGAUUGAGCUCGUGCAGGCGGACCUGCGCGACGCCGCGGCGGUGGAGCGCGUGUUCGCGGAGCGCCCGAAGGACGACCCGAUUUACGCGGUCAUCCUCAUCGGCGCGCUCAAGGCGGUCGGCGAGUCGGCGGAGAUCCCGAUCGACUACUACAGCGUGAACGUCGGCGGCCUGCUGAACCUGCUGCAGGCCAUGGACAAGCACGACGCCAAGCGCCUCGUGUACAGCUCGUCGGCGACCGUGUACGGCGCGCCGACGACGAUUCCCAUCCCCGAGUCGACGCCGAUGGACCCCCAGAGCCCGUACGGCCGCUCGAAGCAGAUCGACGAGAUGAUCAUCCGCGACGUGUGUGCGUCUGACCCGACGUGGCGUGCCAUCUCGCUGCGCUACUUCAACCCGGCCGGCGCGCACCCGUCCGGCACGAUGGGCGAGGACCCGCGCGGCAAGCCGGGCAACCUGCUGCCGCUGCUGGCGCAGAUGGCCGUCGGCAAGUACCGCGAGCCGGGUCUGAAGGUGUUUGGCAACGACUACCCGACGCGCGACGGCACCUGCCUGCGCGACUACAUCCACAUCCUGGACCUGGCUGACGGCCACCUGCACGCGAUGGUCGCGCUGGACGACGACAGCAAGUUCGCCUCUUCGACGACCGGCAAGUUCCGUGCCUUCAACCUCGGCAAGGGCGUCGGCAUGAGCGUGCUGCAGAUGAUCGCGGCCAUGCGCCAGGUGACGGGCUACGAGUACCCGUACGAGAUUGUCGGCCGCCGCCCCGGCGAUGUGCCGGACCUGACCGCCGACCCGACGCUCGCGGAGCGCGAGCUCGGCUUCAAGGCCACGCGCUCGCUCGACGACAUGUGCCGCGACCUGUGGAACUGGCAGAAGCACAAUCCGAAUGGCUACGAUUAG